CAAUGCCUCUUGGAUUUAAAUACAGUACAAGCGAGCAUGGGCAUUCGUGCAACAAUUCAUAGCUGUUUUUCCUGAGAUGUUGUUAUAUAGGACAUAUCUCAUAAUUGACAAAAACCCCAUGUGCACACCUUGGAUAUACUACAGGAAUCACGCGUUUCAUUGUGAAUGCCACUAGGAAACUGUACGGAUUUUCUUGUGACCAAAGUGAAGGGAUUUCCUCAGUGGGGUUGGGCUGACCCCAUCUCAAUCUCUGAAUCCAUAAUUGUCAGUUCCAGGGGUCUGGGUGAUUGACGACUGUGCCAUUUAAGCUGGAUUCACAGUUUGUCUCAGAAAUGGAAUCCGAUAAAGACAAUCAUGAGAGCGAUCAAGAGUCAAUCGCAAUGGCGGAAAAAAACAACGAUAAAGAGAGAGGAGAGAAAGAACAUUGGGCUUCGCAAAUAGACUACCUUCUCUCCAUGAUCGGUUUCUGUGUUGCCCUUGGUAACGUGUGGCGAUUCCCCUAUAUCUGCAACAGGAACGGAGGAGGGGCGUUCUUGAUUCCCUUCGUCGUGUGUCUGGUGUUGUGUGGUCUGCCUCUGUACUUCCUUGAGGUGGCUCUGGGACAGUUUACAGGAAGUAGUGCAACACAUGUAUGGAGUCUCUGCCCUCUGGUGAAAGGGCUUGGUGGCGGGAUGCUGAUCUUCUGUUCCGGGUUUGUGAUCUACUCCACUGUCAUCUGUGCAUGGUCUUUGUACUAUGCAUUCUACUCCCUGAGGCCUGUCCUACCAUGGACGUCCUGUACCAACCCGUGGAACACCGACGCAUGUGUGACAAGUGUGAAACACCUGAACCAAGUAUUCAGUGGAGUUGCAAACACAUCCAGUCACUUCAACCAAUCGGACAACAAUACCAUCUCCAACUCAUCCUUUGUCAUUGAAGGAUGGAAAAACGGAUCUGUUACUGCAGCAGAAGAAUUUUGGCAAUACAAAGCGCUUGACAUAACGAGGGGUCUGGAGUAUCUCGGCCCAAUCAAAAUGGAGUUAGCACUUUGUCUACUUGCGUCGUGGGUUGUCGUCUUUCUAUGCAUUGUCAAAGGUGUUCGGUCUGUUGGAAAGGCUGUCUAUGUGACAGCUACGUUGCCCUACGUCAUCCUGAUUGUUCUGUUGGUACGUGGCCUGACUCUGCCUGGAGGAACAGAUGGAGCUCUCUUUUACAUCACUCCAAACUUCAGUAAACUUCUGGAAAUACAGGUGUGGCUUGAGGCGUGUCUCCAGGUGUUCUACUCCCUGGGUCCGGCCUGGGGUUGUAUCAUAACCAUGUCGAGUUACAACAAAUUCAAUACAAACUGUCUCAGGAAUGCUGUAUUUUGCACAUUUGUGUGUGAAGGAACCAGCAUGUUUGCUGGUCUUGUAAUCUUCUCAAUUCUUGGAUUCAUGGCACAUGAAGCAGGUGUACCGAUAAUGGAUGUCGUUUCAUCAGGACCUGGAUUGGGCUUUGUGAUCUACCCAGAAGUCCUUGCACAACUACCGCUUCCUCAGCUGUGGAGUUUCAUCUUCUUUAUCAUGCUCAUCAUGCUGGCACUGGAUUCCAUUUUCUCUGCAGCUGAAACUGUGAUUACCGCUAUCGUAGACGAGUUCCGUUUCUUGUUGAAGUGGAGAAUGUUGGUGACAGCUGUCUAUUGUUCAGUGUCCUUCCUAGCUGGCCUUGUUUUGACGACUGAGGGAGGUGUAUACGUUUUUCAGUUGAUAGACUGGUACCUCUUCUCUAUUUUCCUCAUAUUCUGUGGUUUUAUGGAGUGUGUAGUAGUUUCCUGGAUGUAUGGUGUGGAUCGCUUCAGCGAUGACAUUCAGAUGAUGAUUGGCAGACCAGCGCCUCUGUUCUUCAAGAUCACGUGGUGUUAUGUUACACCAGCCAUGCUCCUGACAACCCUAAUUUUCACCUUGACUCAGUACAAACCUCCAACAUAUGGGAAGUAUGUCUUCCCGGACUACGCUUCAGCCAUUGGUUGGUGUAUAGCAGCCAUCCCAAUGCUGCCAGUCUGCUUGAUGAUGGUUGUCGCUCUUUCCCGGGGAAAGGGGGACAUUCGGCAGAGGAUAAAGACGUCCUUAGAACCAGAUGCAACAUGGGGACCCAGUAAUGCUCACUAUCGCACGUGUUACUUAAAGAAACGAAAACGACCCAAGUCACUGAAACGCGUCUUCAUUUCUUCAGUGUCAUGUCGAUCGUAGACGGACAGAGUAUUAAGAAGAUACUAUUCUUAAGAUUACAAAUUACAAGGUGAAUUUCACGUGAACAAAUGUUCCAGAUUGUUACUCAAACGUAAGGUAAUGCCAGCCAUCUCCAUUUUGUCACAUAUCAACUAGUUUUAAAAGUAUUCAUGUAUGCAUUCUUUCUUACAUUCCUUUCUCCAAAAUGAUAUAAAUAUCUUUGAUAAUAUCUUGAGUUUAGUGCCAAGGUGCAUAUGGAAAGUAUUUGUUUGUCGCUUGUAUUUUUAAAUGUAGCAGUCAUUGUCAAGGUGCCGUUUUGUAACAGUCCAUCGGCUUGAGCUAAAAAAAUAGUAGGAAACUACAGUCUAUUUACACCGACCUUUAAUGACUACAGAAGUUACGCUCAUAUCAUUCAUGUUCAGUAACUAAACUUGGACAUAUAUACUAGCCACAUAAAGAAACUGUGCACGGAGAAAAUAUAGAUAUAAGGGCACACCGUCCAUAUAUGAAAUAUAGGUUUGAACACAGC